UCCCUGGUCUGUACUUAGAGAAUUGUUCGUUUCUUUGUUUUCUUCUUCUUACUUUUUGUAAAAACCAAAACAACAACAACAACAACAAAAACCCAAAACUUUUUUCCACCUUUUUAAAAAAUGCACUACUGUGUCCUGAGCGCUUUUCUGCUCCUGCAUCUGGUCACGGUCGCGCUCAGCCUGUCUACCUGCAGCACGCUCGAUAUGGACCAGUUCAUGCGCAAGAGGAUCGAGGCGAUCCGCGGGCAGAUCCUGAGCAAGCUGAAGCUCACCAGCCCCCCAGAAGACUAUCCCGAGCCCGAGGAGGUCCCCCCGGAGGUGAUUUCCAUCUACAACAGCACCAGGGACUUGCUCCAGGAGAAGGCGAGCCGGAGGGCGGCCGCCUGCGAGCGCGAGCGGAGCGACGAGGAGUACUACGCCAAGGAGGUUUACAAAAUAGACAUGCCGCCCUUCUUCCCCUCCGAAAAUGCCAUCCCGCCCACUUUCUACAGACCCUACUUCAGAAUUGUCCGAUUUGACGUCUCAGCCAUGGAGAAGAAUGCUUCCAAUUUGGUGAAAGCAGAGUUCAGAGUCUUUCGUAUGCAGAACCCAAAAGCUAGAGUGCAUGAACAACGGAUUGAGCUGUAUCAGAUUCUCAAAUCCAAAGAUUUGACAUCUCCAACCCAGCGCUACAUUGACAGCAAAGUAGUGAAAACAAGAGCAGAAGGCGAGUGGCUGUCCUUUGAUGUGACUGAUGCCGUUCAUGAAUGGCUUCACCAUAAAGACAGGAACCUGGGAUUUAAAAUAAGUUUACACUGUCCCUGCUGCACUUUUGUACCAUCGAAUAAUUACAUCAUCCCAAAUAAAAGCGAAGAACUAGAAGCAAGAUUUGCAGGUAUUGAUGGCACCUCCACAUAUACCAGUGGUGAUCAGAAAACUAUAAAGUCCACUAGGAAAAAAAACAGUGGGAAGACCCCACAUCUCCUGCUAAUGUUAUUGCCCUCCUACAGACUUGAGUCACAUCAGACCAACCGGCGGAAGAAGCGUGCUUUGGAUGCAGCCUAUUGCUUUAGAAAUGUGCAGGAAAAUUGCUGCCUACGCCCACUAUACAUUGAUUUCAAGAAAGAUCUUGGCUGGAAAUGGAUACAUGAACCCAGGGGGUACCAUGCUAACUUCUGUGCGGGAGCAUGCCCCUAUUUAUGGAGUUCCGACACUCAGCACAGUAAGAUCCUUAGCAUAUAUAAUAGCAUAAAUCCAGAAGCAUCUGCAUCUCCUUGCUGUGUGCCCCAAGAUUUAGAUCCACUAACCAUUCUCUACUACAUCGGCAAAACCCCCAAGAUCGAACAUCUUUCUAAUAUGAUCGUGAAGUCUUGCAAAUGCAGCUAAGAUUCUUGGGAAACUGGCAAGACGAAAAUCACAAUGAUGAUGAUGAUGAUGACAACGACGACAAUGAUGAUGUUUGUGAUGAGAAAAACUUAGAGAGCCUUGGUUCAUCGGUGUUAAAAAAUUUUGAAAAAGCGGUACUAGUUCAAACACUUCCGAAGUCUGUGUUCUGUUUGUUAAAACUGGCAUCUGAAACAAAAAAAGUCGAAGGCCUUAUUCUACAUUUCACCUACUUUGUAAGUGAGAGAGACAAGAAGCAAAAUCUUUUUUUUUUUUUUAAGGAAAAAAUAAACACUGGAAGAAUUUGUUAGCGUUAAUUAUGUGAACAAACAAACAACAACAAAAACAACAAAAAACAGGAAAAUCCCAUUAAGUGGAGUUGCUGUACGUACCGUUCCUAUCCCACGCCUCACUUGAUUUUUCUGUAUUGCUAUGCAAUAGGCACCCUUCCCAGUCUUACUCUUAGAGUUAACAGUGAGUUAUUUAUUGUGUGUUACUAUAUAAUGAACGUUUCAUUGCCCUUGGAAAAUAAAACAGGUGUAUAAAGUGGAGACCAAAUACUUUGCCAGAAACUCAUGGAUGGCUUAAGGAACUUGAACUCAAACGAGCCAGAAAAAAAGAGGUCAUAUUAAUGGGACGAAAACCCAAGUGAGUUAUUAUAUGACCAAGUAAGUCUGCAUUAAGAUAAAGACCCUGAAAACACAUGUUAUGUACCAACUGCCUAAGGAAGCUUCUUGUAAGGUCCAAAAACUAAAAAGCCUGUUAAUAAAAGAAACUUUCAGUCAGAAUAAGUCUGUAAGAUUUUUUUUUCCUUUUUAAUUAUAAGUGGUUCUUUGUCAGUGUAGUAAACCAGUGAAAUGUUGAAAUGUUUUGACAUGUACUGAUCAAACUUUGGACCUUAAAGUAUUGCUAUAUGGCUGUGUUCUAGGUUUUUCCCUUUGUUUUGGUAUAUGUAACCGUACCUAUAUUAUUAAAAUCGAUGGGUAUAGAAGCCAGCAUAAUUGAAAACACAUCUGCAGAUCUCCUUUGCAAACUAUUAAAUGAAAACAUUAACUACUUUAUGUGUAAUGUGUAAAUUUUUACCAUAUUUUUUAUAUUCUGUAAUAAUGUCAACUAUGAUUUAGAUUGAACUUAAAUUUGGGCUCUUUUUAAUGAUCACUCACAGUUGUAUGUUUCCUUUAGCUGGCCAGUACUUUUGAAUAAAGCCCCUAUAUUUUGACUUGCACUACAAAUACAUUUUUUAUAGUAUUUUCUCUACUUGUGCUUUGUGUAUUGUCCAUUUCUAUGACAUAAGCUACCUGGGCCUACUUGUCCUUUUUUUUUCUUUUACAAAAAGGAUAGAUUCGAGUUCAGUGGUCUUCCUUCAUUCAUCAUCACUAAUCAAGUCAGACAUUAAAAAGCUUCUAUGUUAGGAAAACGGGAAAUGUUAUCUAUACAUGGAAUUGUUUUAGUUUUAGCAAGAGUUUAAGGAUCUGAUUAAAACUCAGAAUCUUGGUAACUGAGUUAAGAAAGGUUUCUCUACCUUGGUUAAAUGAGUUUUUUCACAUAAUUCUAUUGCUGGUAAAAAGUAGACAGUUCAUAGGAAACCUCUCUUCCUUUAAGCAGGUUUUUAGUGUUCAGGGGAAAAUGGAAAGAUAUACAUUUUAGCUGAUUUUUCAAAGGGGGGAAAAUGUCCAGGUCAGCACAAGUCAUUUUGUUUAUUUCACUGAGGUUAAGGUUUUUAUAAGUGUUUUUUGAAGGUGAGAAGGCACAAGCCAAGUUCUCCUAUGAUCAAAAAAUUCUUUCUUUCUUCUGAGUGAGAGUUAUCUAUAUCUGAGGCUAGAGUUUACUUUGCUUUCAUGAAUAAUUUGCCACAUCGUUGCAGGGGAGGUAUCCUCACAUUGGGGUUUGUAGGCUAUGUCAAUUUGUCACUUGUCACUUAUUUAGCUUUAAGAUAAAAAUUAAUAUGUAAAACAAUAGAAUAUUUGCAGUUUCACCUAAACAGCAAUGUAGUAAGGUGUGAAUCCAAAGUGAAGUUGUUUGAUAUGGUGUACUUCUUUUUUGGAAUUUCCUGACCAUUAAUUAAAGUGAAGGAUUGGAUUCGCAAGUUUGAAAACUGGAAAAGCCAGCUGAACAGCCCUUGUGUUGGAUGUAACCCAAUCCCAGAUUUGAGUGCGUGUUGAUUAUUUUUUUUUUUUUUUUGUCUUCCACGUUUCUAUUAAUUCUAUGUAAAUCACUUUUAUUUCUGCAGGUAUUUUCCUCUCAGAUAGGAUGACAUUUUGUUUUGUAUUAUUUUGUCUUUCCUCAUGAAUGCACUGAUUAUAUUUUAAAUUCUCUAUUUUAAGAUUUCUUGAAUCUUUUUUUUUUUAAUUUGGGGGUUCUAUAAGGUCUUUAUUUCCCAUAAGUAAAUAUUGCCAUGGUAGGGGAGGGUGGUGGUGGGGGAAUCGGGGGUAGUAUGGGUGUGGGGUAGCAGUUUUUAUGUGUUAAGCAGCAGUACAAUUUUAUGGUUGGCAUGGUUUAAAAAAAAUGGAAUAUAAGAAUAGUUGUUUGUAUUUUGAUGACCAAUUACGCUGUAUUUUAACACAAUGUAUGUCUGUUUUUGUGGUGCUCUAGUGGUAAAUAAAUUAUUUCAAUUAUA